AUCAAAAUUAGUUCGACGCUUCACUCAAAGAAUAUGGCCUCACCGACCACCACCACAGCCACGGCGGAGCAAGGCGGAUUCUCCGAUCUUCAUCCCGAUGUUAUAAAGUCACACAUCCUGAGCCGGCUGGACGGUCCAGCCCUGGCCUCCGCCGCUAGCUGCUCCCCCACCCUCCGCCGCCUCUCCGACGACGACAGCCUCUGGUCAAACAUCUGCGAAUCCACGUGGCCGUCCACCGCCACGUCACGGCUGCGCCACCUCAUCUCCUCGUUCCCCGGCGGCGGCUCCCGCGCAUUCUUCUCCCACGCCUUUCCAAUCGCGAGCAGCGCCCGCAGCCAGUCCCCGCCGCCGCCGGAGCUGAUCUCCGCCGUGGACGUGCACUACAGAAACGACCUGAUUUUCACGAAAAUUCAGGAGAUCGAGACCGAGAGCGGGUGGUUCCGGUGCUCGCCUUUCAGAAUCGACCUGCUGGAGCCGAAAGACGUGGUUCCGACGCCGAUCAAGCACCCGGAGGGGGACGAGGAGUGCAAGGAGAUGAUCGAGAACAUGAAUUUGAGCUGGAUCCUGAUCGACGGCGCGGGGAGGCGGGCGGCGAACCUGUCGUCGCAGCGGCCGGUGGCGGUGCAGCGGCACUGGCUGACCGGAGAGGUGCAGGCGCGGUACGCAUCGAUCCUGGCGGUGGACGGGGCGCACGUGCAGUGCGCGAUCGUAGUGACGUGCGGAGGGGCAGAGAGCGGGGAGAUGCAGGUGAGGGAGGUGAGUUUGGAGAUGGAGGACAUGGAUGGAACGCAUUUGAAUGGGAAGGACAGUUUGGUCUUUUUGCAAGGGGCGUUGGAGGGUAGAAAAGGAACGGGGCGGAAUAGGGUGGAGGAGGGUCAGAGAAGGUACGCGGAGUUUGUGGAGAUGAAGAGAGAGAGGAAGGAGAGAAAGCAGAGGACGGAGGGGGCAUUAGAUGUUUUCUGCGUCGCGUUUGGGGUUUCCAUUUUUGUUGCUCUUUGCUGUUUUCUUUUUAACUAACCACACUAUUUUGGUGGGACAAUGAUUUACAAGGGGAAGCUCGGAAUUAGGUCAAGAUUCAUACUCUAAACUGUAAACUGUAAACUGUAUAAAAAUCAUUAAAUAUACCAGAUUUUUUUUUAUUCAA